AUGUCUGAUGAUAGUUCCCCAUCAGAGCCCUCGGGUUCUAGCCCUACUGUGGCUCCUAAACAUUACACAGUGGCAGCCUCCUCGGACGGAGAGGAUAGCGAAGAACGGGAAGACGAGAGUUCAUUGGAGGAAUCUCUGGGUAGUCUGGAGAAUGUGUCGGAGGGGUAUACGGAUAACGAAGAGUCUCUGGAGGAUGAGGAGUUUGUGGAGGAGGAGGAAUCUCUGGAGGAGGAUGAUUACCUGGAGGAGGAUGAUUAUCUGGAUGAGAAAACAUUUCUACAGAGAGAAACUUAUCUGUUUAAAGGAGCAUUUGUGGAGGAGAAAAUGUAUUUAAAAGAAAAACAGUUUCAGAAACAUAUGGCAAAGGCUUUCAUCUUUACAUCCUCCUGCAUCCCAUCAGACAUAACAUCCUGGAUUCCAACUACCCUCACAGAAGUUGAGCUGAUGCAUUGCAGAAAUAACUGCUCUGUGGCUGGGAAAUCCUUCUCUGUGUGCCUCUACCAUCAAGCUUCCUCUUGGGAUCGAAUAUCCCUGCUGUCCAAAUGCCAAGUGAGCCCAGUUCCCAAUAAUGUUCAAGAAAUCAGUCUCCUACCUGCCACUCCUUCCGGCUCUGACCAUGACCUGAAGUUCACCACGUCUUCUUACUACAGUUUGACGGGAGCCAGUGUCUCUCUAAGAGAUCAGAGCAGUCAGACGGAAUGGCCCUACUAUGAGAGCAAGAUGGGAACGCCUUUAAGAUCAACAACCAUACUAGAUCAAGACUCCUCCUUCGUGCUAACACAUAAGAAAUCUGAUUUGGAAGAGACCUUCCCUCAAGGGUCCUUUUGGGAUACUAUAAUGAAUGGGCCUUUCGACAAGCAAGACGAGGAAAGCUUUGAUUCUCUUCCCAGCACCUAUCAGUCUGUGUUCAGAGAGAUCCUCAGGGAGCUGGCGUCUCAGCACGAGCUGGAACAGGAGGACGUGGAUAUGCCCCUGAGCAAACUGCUGGAGGGUGAAAACAGGAAGAAGCUGGGACUCUUGCUGAAGAAAAAUUUUGAAAAAUACAGAGAAGCAAUUAUGUGGAUUAUAAACAACCGUGAAGGUCAGAAGAUGCACGAGGAGAGCACCACUACCAUCACGUACCUCAUAUCAACUUUGCAACAGCCCCAGAAGCCAGAGGCAGAAGAAAUCAGAAGACGUGUUCCUACUAUCAAGAAGUCAUUGAAGCUAGACACAGAAUGGACACAGGCAAAGAUGAAGGUACACCAAGGUGAUGGAAAAAUAAUUACCUACCGCAGUGGGAAUAUUUUCCAUAUUCUUUUUCCUAAUGGCACGGGCCAAAUAUACUACCCAUCAGGGAAUCUGGCUCUGCUUAUCGCCUGCAAAGGAGUCUCCAGGGUCACAUACAUUGUUCUGGAAGACUGUGUAGAAAAGAAGAUCCGAGGCUUUGUCACCAACUCCGGCCAUGCCACCUUCUACAAUGAGGAUGGAGAGAUCUGGUUGAGCCUGAGCAAACUCCUGGGCUACUACUUCCCCGAAGGUCAGCAUCAGAAGGCGUGGAACUGGUGGAACCUGAGCUUCCACGUGCACGCACCCCCUGUCAUGUGCAUCACGUUGAAACUCAACAAGUAUGUCCAUGUACAAAUAAGGAGCCAGGACAAGGUCAUCUUCUGCUUCUUUGUCCCCAAAAGGAGGAGGAUUUGCAUAAACAUGGGCACCAGGUUCAAGUUUAUAAACCUGAAACUGCUUCAAGCCAUGAAGAAGAAGGCGGUCCUGGAGACAGAGCCCGGCCCAACAUCGUGGAAGAUCCAGGCCCUUCUGGGAAAAAUAAGCAGGGGUCUGAAUUUCCUGAGCCUGUCUGACUUGGAACACUUAAUAGAGGUCGUCCAGGUGGCACUCAGCAACCUCAGUGCAAGGAAAUCUCGAAUCUGGCUUUAG